UUGGAGUCAUUGGAGUCAACAUAUCGUGUAAUUCUCGACAAAAUCUCAAUCGACGCGUCAAACAAGGGUUUAGUGGACGUGAGGGACAGACUCAAGAAGAUCUUCAGUUAUAAUGUCGGACACGGGAAGGGUAUCCGAGCCCUGUUUGCGGUGAAGACAGCCAUACUGUUAGCCAAACACAAGGGCAUUGAGACCACCAAAGAGGACAUAGAAUUGACACAAAUUCUUGGGGCGAGUGUUGAGAUAAUGCAUGCGUUUUCACUCAUUUAUGAUGACAUCAUGGAUCAGUCCAGCACCAGACGGGGUCGACCAUGCUGGUAUAAGCAGGAUGAUGUAGGCCUCAAAGCGCUAAACGAUGGCAUAAUCCUGAAGAAUGAGUGCUUCCAUACAUUGAAGCUAUUCUUCGGACACAAGAAGUCGUAUCUGAAUAUAAUGGAGACAUUCCAUGAGAUGAUGAGGUAUACCACGUAUGGACAGCACAUGGAUAUGGCCUCCAAUCCCAACAACAGUGGCCCACGAUUUGACUUAUUCACGAAAAGCCGAUACGAGACAAUCGUUAAGUAUAAGACCUCUUACUAUACGUUUGUACUGCCCGUCCGAUUAGGUAUAAAACAUGGCACACAUCUACCACUA